GAAAGUCAUGGAGAGUGUCCUCUGGGUCCUGUGUAUAGCUGCCGGAUUCUCUGUCACCUAUGGCCAUACUGUGGAGGAAUAUCCGUGCACACCAGGGUUAAAUGUGAACUGUACAGCUGGAGAAUGCCGGUUAGUCUUCGGCUGCAGACAACAGGCUUGUGGAGUGCGUCCAGAAUGUGUCGAUCCUUCACCGCGGCCAACCAUUAUGUGUCCAAUUGGAAAGCCUGUCAUCGAUACCAACCAUCAGGAAAUCUCCUGUGCGCCCGAUGGUUCGUGUCCAGUGACCACGGCCUGUGUCCGGCCCCCAGCAAGGCCAGGAGUGUGUUGUUUUAGACCUUCAGGAGCCCCUGCACCUCCUGCACCACCAGCACCUCCUGCACCUCCUGCACCUCCUGCUCCACCAUCACCGCCAGGACCAUCACCGACAGAUCCAAAUCCUCUAGAUCCAUGCUUCCCUGGUAAAUACGUCAACUGCACACACGGCGAAUGUAGGCUGGUGGCAGACUGCAACAUUCAAGGAUGUCCUGCCGUCCCCACGUGUGUUGACCCUUCCCCCAUACCAUCUCUACAAUGUCCCAUUGGCAAGCCUGCUCUGAAUUCCUACGGCAAUGAAAUAUCUUGUGCAGGAGGGGGUUCCUGUCCCAUCAACACUGUGUGUGUCACUCAUUCGUCAGGGGUCCCUGCUGUCUGCUGUUUCACGCCUGAAGCCCAAACAACUCCCACACCAGUAACACGAGAACCGCCGACAACACCAUCAUCCAUAGUCGAUCCUUGCGAACCAGGGGUAAAUGUCAACUGCACGAGAGGUGUCUGUAGGCUGGUGGUGAGCUGCAGGAUCCGUGGGUGCCCUGCUGUUCCCACGUGUGUCGAUCCCUCCCCAAAACCGUCACUGAACUGCCCGAUAGGGGACUCUGCACUGCACCCCGACUUACAGGAAAUCUCGUGUGUGGGAGGAUAUCCAUGUCCCUUCAAUACAGCGUGUGUUGCCGCCCCGUCAGGAUCACCAGCAGUCUGUUGCUACAGCCCACCUGGCCCAGUCACCAUGGUGCCAUCUAUAGAUCCAACACCAGUGCCAACACCACGUCCAACAAGAGAACCAGGACCAGUGGAUCCGUGUGAACCUGGUCUAAAUGUGAACUGUACAGCAGGCAAGUGCCGCCUGGUAGCUGACUGUGACCGCUGGCCGUGUUUUGCGCUCCCAACAUGUGUUGAUCCUUCUCCGCCACCAUCAGUUCAGUGUCCGGUAGGAAAGCCUGUCCUUAAUGCCUCGGGCUACGAAAUCUCCUGUAGAGAGCAGAAUAUAUGCCCCUUCAAUACUGACUGUUAUCAACGAGCUGUCUGUUGUAUCACAGUGCCAGGAAUCAACCCACAAGCACAUCCCCGAGCCCCCUCCCUGCUGGAUCCCUGCACACCUGGUCUGAAUGUCAACUGCACGAGAGGUGUCUGUCGACUAGUUGAGGACUGUCGGCGACGUGGCUGCCCCGUAACUCCAACCUGCAUUGAUGUGGAUCCACCACUUCCACCAUACCCUGACGUAUGCCCUGUGGGUACGCCUGCACUAGGCAAAGACCUCCAGCUGCUGUAUUGUGGUCGCGGAGGAAGAAGAUGUCCCCCAAAUACUUACUGUGUGAUAGGUCGUGGGGAUGAAUACGCUGUAUGCUGUUUUAGUUCUGGUCCAGUUCCACCAAUAGCUCCAACACCUAGGCCAGCUCCAUCGUCAACAGUAAGACCAAGCCCUGGAGGUCCCUGUGAACCUGGUGUUAAUGUGAACUGUACAAGAGGCGAGUGCCGACUGGUUGCUGACUGUAAAUACUGGCCGUGUUUUGCGGGCCCAGAAUGUGUUGAUCCAUCUCCACCACCAUCACGUCAGUGUCCUGAGGGGAAGCCUGUGCUAAAUGGCUCGCUUGUUGAAAUCUCAUGCAGAGAGGAGAAUACAUGUCCCUUCAAUACAUACUGUUAUCAAGGAGCUGUCUGUUGUAUCCGAGUGGCGGGAAGCAGCCCACCAGCACGUCCCCGAGCCCCCUCCCUGCUGGACCCCUGCACACCUGGUCUGAAUGUCAACUGCACUAGCGGUGUCUGUCGACUAGUCGAGAACUGUAGACGACGUGGCUGCCCCGUAGAACCAACCUGCGUUGAUGUGGAUCCACCACUUCCACCAUACCCUGACGUCUGUCCUGUGGGUACGCCUGCACUAGGCAGAGACCUCCAGUUGCUGUAUUGUGGUCGCGGAGGGAGACCAUGCCCCCAAAAUACUUACUGUGUGAUAGGUCGUGGGGAUGAAUACGCUGUAUGCUGUUUUGGUUCUGGUCCAGUUCCGCCAAUAGCUACACCACCUAGGCCAGCUCCAUCGCCAACAGUAAGACCAAGCCCUGGAGAUCCCUGUGAACCUGGUGUUAAUGUGAACUGUACAAGAGGCGAGUGCCGACUGGUUGCUGACUGUAAAUACUGGCCGUGUUUUGCGGGCCCAGAAUGUGUUGAUCCAUCUCCACCACCAUCACGUCAGUGUCCUGUGGGGAAGCCUGUGCUAAAUGGCUCGCUUGUUGAAAUCUCAUGCAGAGAGGGGAACACAUGUCCCUUCAAUACAUACUGUUCUCAAGGAGCUGUCUGUUGUAUCGAAGUGUCGGGAAUCAACCCACCAGCACGUCCCCGACCCCCUUCCCUGCUGGAUCCCUGCACACCUGGUCUGAAUGUCAACUGCACGAAAGGUGUCUGUCGACUAGUUGAGGACUGUACUCGACUUGGCUGCCCCGUAACUCCAACCUGCGUUGCUAAGGAUCCACCACUUCAACCAUACCCUGACGUCUGUCCUGUGGGUACGCCUGCACUAGGCAGAGACCUCCUGCUGCUGUUUUGUGGUCGCGGAGGGAGACGAUGUCCCCUAAAUACUUACUGUGUGAUAGGUCGUGGGGAUGAAUACGCUGUAUGCUGCUUCGGUUCUGGUUCAGGUUCAGGCUCAAGCUCAGGAGCAGGGUCAAGUUCAGGUUCAAGCUCAGGAGCAGGUUCAAGCUCAGGUUCAAGCUCAAGUUCAGGCUCAAGCUCAGGAGCAGGCUCAAGUUCAGGCUCAAGCUCAGGAGCAGGUUCAAGCUUAGGAGCAGGUUCAAGCUCAGGAGCAGGCUCAAGCUCCGGAGCAGGUUCAAGCUCCGGAUCGGGUUCAAGCUCCGGAUCAGGUUCAAGCUCCGGAUCAGGUUCAAGCUCAGGAGCAGGCUCAAGCUCAGGAGCAGGUUCAAGCUCAGGAGCAGGUUCAAGCUCAGGAGCAGGCUCAAGCUCCGGAGCAGGAUCAGGUUCGGGCUCAGGCUCAAGUUCAGGCUCAGGCUUAGACUCAGACUCAGAUUCAGACUCGGGCUCAAGUUCACUGUCAAACUCAGGUUCAGAGUCAAGUUCAGGUUCAGGGUCAGGAUCGAGAUCAGGAAAAGGAAAUGGAGCAAGUUAUGACACUGACUCAGAUGGAUCCCGUGGCGAUCUGCCGCAAGACCCUUGCACUCCCGGGCUGUAUAUCAACUGCACAGCAGGUGUGUGUCGACUAUUGGCAUGGUGUUUAUACAACAUUUGUCCGGCAGUGCCUACCUGUGUCAGUAACUCUCCUACACCAUCUGGGACGUGUCCGGUUGGCCUGCCAGCCCUAAACUACUUUGGUAACGAGGUAUCCUGUACAACCAACCUUCAGUGCCCCAGUAACACCUACUGUAAAAACCCAGGUAUCUGUUGCUACAGUGGGCCAAUAUCUGAUCCUCGAAUUUCAAGAUACUGGACAAAAUAUCUCAAACGAGGACGUUCAGGCAAACGUUUCGAGAAACCCGGCAGCUGCCCCGCCGUGAGACCAGGGUGGGCUGGAGCGUGUGUUAACCUGUGUUUCUGUGACAACGACUGCAGGGGGAAUCUGAAAUGCUGCAGCAAUGGGUGUGGACGCACUUGUCAAAAGCCCUGCUUUGAAUAACCAUCAUGGCAAAAUAACACAAACGUUCAUUAUAGCUAUCUACAUUAUCCAAAUAUAAGCACUUAUGUUUGCAGUGGUUUGCUUGUUGGUGUUCACAGUGAUUUUAGCAGUAAACAUUUCCAUCUGUGA